GAAAGCAUUACGACUAGCCGUGACGUCACGGGCCUAGCCAGGGUUUUUUUUUAAUCAGAGUAAAGCUCGUGCGAGCAUCGCCGUGGGAAAAAAAAUCUGCUGGACGUGACAAAAAAAUACAUAAAAAUGGGGAUCGAAGAGGAAACUGAUCGAACGCUUUUUAUCAGGCACUUGGAUGCGCGGGUGACAGAGGAGAUUUUAUUCGAACUGUUCUUGCAGGCAGGACCUCUGAUCAGAACAAAGAUCCCCAAAGACGCGGAAGGCAAGCAGAAGACUUAUGGUUUCGCUGUGUUCAAACACGAAGUGUCGGUGCCCUACGCCAUACAGCUGCUUAACGGCUCGUCGUUGUUCGGAAGAAUCAUACAUGUGCAGUUCCGCACAGGUAGCAAUCAUAGCAAUGGUACGGGAAAUUCAAGUCCGACAAGUACCCCAAAUCCCCACGGCGUGAGGAUGCCACCCCAGUUAACCCUUCCAGUCUCCAUGCAAAGGUCCUUUUCGUCUCCUGAUAAUCUGCAGAAGCAUGCCAUGGUCGGGUUGCGGGGGCAGCAGCUUAAGCAGGGAAGCCCAGACUUCCCUCUCCCCAGCCACUUCGUCCAGCUCCUCCCGGGGGAUCCCGAGGCGUUCCCAGGCCAGCAUAACCCAUAUAUGAUGAACAUGAUGUGUCAGCAGCUGGACGACCUCUCUUCCAAGCAGAGGCACUCGCCUGCAGGGGGCGGAGGCAACUUCAGGCUGCACGACGGCAAUCCCAGCUGGCCCUACCCAUCCCAGACCUUUCUCCUGCACUACCCGGACGACUCGGUCCACCAUCAGCAGCACAGGAACAACUACCAGCACCAGCAGCAGAAUGCCUGGGGGGGCGGCAAUCGUCAGGGCGGCAAUAGGCAUUACGACGACAGGGGCGGUAACCGUGAUUACCAAGAUAGCAGUUGGAGACGGUACUGAUGCAAAGAAAUCAUCCCGAAAAAAAGACUUCUUUAUGUGAUCACUUGGACAUUUUCUAGCAUACUCAGGUUGUUUUCUACAUGACCCCAGAAGGGUUAGCAUCUUAACUUUUUUUUUUUUUGCUUUACUUUUACAGUGUUUUUAAAUUUAUACUUAAUCAGGCCAAGGACAAUAAUGUUAGACAAAAAAGAGCCUUUUGGUCUGCUUUUAUAUCAACUAUUUAAUUGGUGCGCAGAGUAGCUACGUAAUGUUCAGGUAUAAAAAAAAAAAUAAAAAAAAAAGUAAAUCUACCAGCACCAAUUUUUUCCUCUAAAAAUCUUUCAUUUUUUAAAUCUUGGUUUUGUAAGACCAUUUUGGAAUGUUUUAACUGACCAUUAUGAUUAUAAAAGAUCUUUUGACUUAA